AUGUCACUUAAAGGAGAAGACGGUCCUGAAUACGAAAAUUCAGCCAAUGGAAACCCAAUUUCUUCGUCACUUUCCAACCCGCCUAUGGACGAUGACGAUGAUGACGAAAGCGGCGCUGCUUCAUCUGGUAAAACCCAGAAAGAAAGAAGAAAGAUUGAGAUCAAGUUUAUCCAGGACAAAAGCAGACGUCAUAUCACAUUCAGUAAACGUAAGGCAGGUAUCAUGAAGAAAGCUUAUGAGUUGAGUGUUCUAACUGGAACCCAAGUCUUGCUUCUAGUUGUUUCAGAGACUGGUCUUGUUUACACUUUUACUACCCCUAAAUUACAACCAUUAGUCACGAAACCAGAGGGUAAGAACCUUAUUCAAGCUUGUUUGAAUGCACCUGAGGAAGGUUUGAAUGAUGACGCAGGUGAACAAAGCGAUGGGGCUGAAGGCGAAUCACCUGAGCCUAAUGCUGUUUCUUCUUCUACACAGCAGCAGCAGCAGCAACAGCAACAGGCACCUCAAGCACUGGCCCAACCUCCACAUCUUCCUCACCAUGUACAGCAUCAGGCUCAACAACAAGCACAGCAGCAACAUGCUCAAUUACAACAUCAGCAGCAACAAGCCGCUGCAGCUGCCGCCGCUGCAGCACACCAAGGCCAAGUCCAUCAACAACAGUACCCUCCUCAACCACAAACUCAAGCUUAUCCUGGACAACAGCCCCAGCAACCCGCCCCACCCGGCCAUCCUCAACAACAGCCACCACAACAGCAGGGGGCAGUACAGGGUGGUGCACCAGGCGGUCAACCUGGUGUCUCAUAUGGGGACUACUAUUUUGGCAAUAUGCAAAAUAAUAAUAUUCCUAAUCAACAACAGUACCAGUAA